GUGCGUCCGCUGCGGCUGCAGACACUUCGUCCGCGAUGGAGCGCGCGGCUCGACUCGUGGCAGUGUGCCUCUCGGCCGUCCUCUUCAGCAACGGUGCAGCAGGCGCAGAGCACUACUACUUUUCCUCAAAGCCGCUGAACUUCUCGUCGUCGGCGUCGCUGUUCGGCGCCGGGCUGCAGAGCUACGUGCAGUACCAGCAGCAGCAGCAGUACAACCUCUUCCACCAGCAGCAGCUCUUCCUGCACCAGCUGCAGCACGGACACUCGCACGUGACACACAAACCUCAGUCUGAAGGAGAAAUGCAGACGACCGCCCCAUCCACAGAGAAACCUCCAAGCUGGUCGGAUGUCAUCAAGCCCACAACCGUGAAGCCGACGGCGGCUCCGACCACCCAGAAGCCACCUCACUGGCUGGCUGCUGUCAAGCCUACCACUCCAAAGCCGACGACGCAGAAACCUCCACCUCAAACGCAGCAGCCUCCACCUCAAACGCAGCAACCUCCACCACAAACGCAGCAGCCUCCACCUCAAACGCAGCAGCCUCCACCUCAAACACAGCAACCUCCACCUCAAACGCAGCAGCCUCCACCUCAAACGCAGCGUCCUCCCAGCCAGUGGGUCUUUGGCGUUAAGCAACCAACUACACAGAAACCUGUGAAGCCUCACCGGCCGUCGACAGCGGGUAAACCUAAGCUGAAAGAGCCAGACAGUCCGAUCGGGUACAGUGUAUCCUGUGGCGUCAACCAGUACUACGAGAGUCGUAUUGUUGGUGGAGCGAGUGCAGAACCAGGACAGUUUCCAUGGCAGGUGUCCAUUCAGCUGGUUACUGGCUGGACUGCGAGGCAUGUUUGUGGAGGAGCUGUGUUAGCAGAGUACUGGGUCAUUACAGCAGCACACUGUGUUCACAAGUUAGGCACUAAGACCCUCUCAGUGGUUGCAGGAGAUCAUAAUUUAUAUGAAGAAGAGGGUUUUGAACAACGAGUAUAUGUCACCAGAAUUGUCACUCAUGACUAUGUUGCACAAAAUUUCUCCCAUGAUAUUGCUUUGUUGCAAUUAAGUAAACCAUUGAAACUGGAUGGAGAUCAUGUGGCCCCAAUCUGCUUGCCACAACCAACUAAAAAGUACCGAGAAGGAAAUGGAACUGUGACUGGUUGGGGACGUCUAACAGAAGAUGGUACCCUGCCACAUGUUUUGCAUCAUGUUUCCCUUCCAUUUAUAUCAACAGACCUUUGUAAAAAGUGGUAUGUUGAGGCUGGAUAUGGUCAGUAUGUGAAUCCAUGCCAGGUAUGCAGUGGCUAUGGUGCAGGUGGGGCAGAUUCAUGUCAGGGUGAUUCAGGUGGACCAAUGGCCUGCUUGCAUUCUGACAGUCGGUAUUAUCUCUGUGGAGUUGUUAGUUGGGGUGUGGGUUGUGCUAGAAGGCAUCUUCCUGGAGUCUACACAGAAGUACCUUGUUUUUCAGAAUGGAUUAAGUCUGUUUUGUACAAUGAAACAGUCAGUAGUAGUUAAAUUUAGUUAUUGUUGUCACUCUUCCUUAAUGAAUAUGUGCAGCUUCUAGUGCUAAAGGUCUGUAACAGAGAUAGUCAUCAUUAGAUUGUAGCAUGCCAUUAAUAGCUCUGACAUUUUCUAUUUUGUACCUGACUUGUUUUCAUAAUACAGAAACUAUUUUUGAAUCUCCAAAACCUCAAAAUUAAACAUGUAUAUCUGUGUUUGUCAGUGCUGCUGUUUCUGUUACCAUUCCAAAAAUUUGUGGUUCACAUUAAAUAUAUUAGAACAUCGUCUCAUCUGACACUUCUCAUUGUGUUAGUAUGUUUAAAUAUGUACUUACUUUCUGUGUUAGAUGUAUUAAAAUUUAUGACAGGUAAAUGAUGUGAAUAAUACAAAGUUUUUGUGAUGCAAAUAUGUAUAAAGUUGGUAGCAGUUUCUUUGUUUAUCUGUUUCAAGGUAGUUGUGUGAUUCAGUCAUAUACUGCACCUAAUCCAUUGUUCUGAACCCUCCUGGUAAAAAGUAUUGACUAGAAAAUUUUGUUAAUCAUUAAUUAAUAUCUUUUACAUUGAGAAAAUUAAUCUGUUAUGGCCACUUUUUCUAAUGGCUCAGAAGAGACUGAUUGAAUGAUUUAGGGAAUGUUAGAAAAGACAAGUACAGCUGUCACAAUUAUUACUGUUACUAUCAUGAUGUACACUGAGUUAAUAAUUUAUUGAAAAAGAAAAAUA